GCAAGAUUACAAUCUCCACUUCAUGUUAUACGACCACAAAAGGAGCCUUUACCAAAUGCAACAGAUGCUAAACCAAAUAUUAUUUUAAGUCUUACAGAAAUAGCUGAAUUUUCAUCUACAAUGGUCUAUUUAAUGUGGCAUGCUAGAAGACAAUCUGUUAUGGAAUUACAUUCAAAUUCGAAAACAAAUACAAUGACACAUAAUAAUAAUACAAGUCUUGAACAGACUCGAGUAACUGCUGAUUUGGCAAAUAUGACAAGUUCAGCUUUUAAGAAGUAUUGUCGCCAGCUUUCAGAAUCUGUUAUUUUGUUAUCAUUAAAAUAUAUAGCCAUGCUAUUACAAAACAAUCCAAAUAUUCAAGGCGCAGAUGGAUCUGAAUAUAGACUGUUUACAGUGGCAUUAAUGUUAGCUAAUAAAUUUUUGGAUGAUAACACAUAUACAAAUAAAACUUGGUCAGAAGUAUCUGGAAUGAAAGUAACUGACUUGAAUAUUAUGGAAUUGGAAUUCUUGGAUGUUUUAAAAUUUAGAUUAUCAGUUCAAAAAGAAGAAUAUGAAAGAUGGAGAACUGCACUAUUUGGCUUUAGAAAUCAAUUAUUAAAUGUACCUAUUGAAUUACAACGACAAAAGUUAAUGGAAACAAUGGCUUUAUCAGUUAAUAAUUCUCAACAACAAUGGUAUCAAUAUAAGCAUUUCCAGCAACAGCAACAGCAGCAACAACAGCAGCAGCAACAACAGCAACAGCAACAGCAACAGCAACAGCAACAGCAACAGCAACAACAUGCGGCUGCAGUCGCUGCACAUAAUUUCUUUUUAUUUUCAAAAUCACAGCAGCAAUAUCCUAUUCAGCCUACAUAUAACGGUCCUUUAACAAGAGUUCCUUUAAGAAUUCCUACACAGCCUGUUUAUCAUAAUACUCGAACAACUCCAUCUGCUCAACCCAAUGUUUUAAUGUAUGAUAAUAAUUUAGUAAUACCAAAUGCAACAGCUACUGUGUCGACGUCAUCGGCACAAAGACAUUCAACAGGUACUGCUGCUAUUACUAACACUACAAAUCGAAGAAUUACAACUACAAAUGAUACUGGAUAUCCUCGUAUGAUGACUAAUUCAUCUAACCCAUCUUCCCGAAUAAAUACUCCUUCUCAAAUUUAUACUAAUCAACAACAAAAUGUUCCUUCGUUUACAGCUCCAAUAUAUACUUCAACACAUGAUAAUCCUGCUACUCGAAUAGCAAAUCAUCAUACUUCUACUUUACCUCAGACUGGUGAAUUGGAUUUACCAUUGAAACCUAAUAAGGUCUCUAACAGUAGCUCAUAUUACUAUACGCCUUCCGCAACACCAACUAAUGUCAAUGGUUAUUCAAAUACAACGAGUUAUUACGUUGAUAACAAUAACAAUAAUAAUAAUCUACCUACAACUAUUCCAGUACCUUCGCCUACAGAUUAUAAUCCUUAUAGUAAAACCAAUUCAAGCCCAAUGAAUGCGGUAGAUAUUUAUAAUAACAGUAAUAAUAUGAGGCCAAUGGUGCCAAGAUCAGCAUCGUAUAAGCAGCAACAGCAACAGCAACAGCAACAGCAGCAAUUACCAACAUCUGCUAAUUAUAUUCAUCAACAAGAUAUAUAUUCACAACAGCCACUUCUUCAACUUACACCUACAAACAAUAGCAGUGGUCCAACAUUGGAAGAUCCUUUAACAGCAGCAGAAUCUUAUCGAACUCAUCAUCAUUAUCAAUAAUUAUUACAUAUAUUUAUUUUAUUUUAUUUUAUUUUUUGUUGUAU